AUAUAUAUAUAUGAUAGAGAAGAGUCCUAGAGCAUUAUCAACUCUACAUUGACACAGGCUCAAGAAAGUUUAUAUAAAGAAAGAAACAGAGAGAGAGAGAGAAGAGAGAGAGAGAGAGAGAGAUAAUUAUGGGUAGUAGAAGGAUAUCAUGGUUACUUUCUUGUUCCAUUAAUUCUGGUUCUGGUUCUGCUCUGUUUUCUGGAGGUAGGAAUUUUGAUCUUAGCAGAGGAAUCAGUAGAUAUACCACUGCAACUGCUACUGCCGCUCUUGAAGAACCAAUUGUUCCAUCUGUCUCUGUCAGUUAUACUAAACUCUUAAUUAAUGGGCAGUUUGUUGAUGCCGCUUCAGGGAGGACUUUUCCAACAUUGGACCCCAGGACAGGUGAAGUUAUUGCCCAUGUUGCUGAAGGUGAUGCUGAAGAUAUAAAUCGAGCAGUUUCUGCUGCUCGCAAAGCAUUUGAUGAAGGAUCAUGGCCAAAGAUGACUGCUUACGAAAGGUCAAGGAUAAUGUUGCGCUUUGCUGAUUUGAUUGAAAAGCAUAACGAUGAACUCGCUGCACUUGAGACUUGGGAUAAUGGAAAACCAUAUGAGCAGGCUGCUAAAGGCGAAAUACCAAUGGUUGCACGGCUAUUUCGAUACUAUGCUGGUUGGGCGGAUAAGAUUCACGGUCUCACUGUUCCAGCUGAUGGGCAGCAUCAUGUUCAAACCUUGCAUGAACCAAUUGGUGUUGCAGGUCAGAUUAUUCCAUGGAAUUUUCCUCUUCUCAUGUAUGCUUGGAAGGUUGGACCAGCAUUAGCAUGCGGCAAUUCUAUUGUUCUCAAGACAGCAGAGCAGACACCAUUAUCUGCUCUCUAUAUAUCUAAGCUGUUUCAUGAGGCUGGACUUCCAGAAGGGGUUCUGAAUGUGGUUUCUGGUUUUGGUCCAACUGCUGGUGCAGCCCUUGCCAGCCAUAUGGAUGUAGAUAAGCUUGCUUUUACUGGAUCCACUGGCACAGGAAAGAUUGUGCUCGAGUUAGCUGCAAGAAGCAAUCUUAAGCCAGUAACUUUGGAGCUUGGAGGGAAGUCCCCUUUUAUUGUUUGUGAGGAUGCUGAUAUUGAUCAGGCUGUUGAACUGGCUCACUUUGCUUUAUUCUUUAAUCAGGGUCAAUGCUGCUGUGCCGGAUCCCGCACAUUUGUGCAUGAGCGCGUAUAUGAUGAGUUCAUAGAGAAAGCAAAGGCACGUGCUCUAAAGCGUGUUGUUGGUGACCCAUUUAAGGGAGGUGUCGAACAAGGCCCUCAGAUUGAUUCAGAACAAUUUGAGAAGAUACUGAAGUACAUUAGGUCUGGGGUUGAAAGUGGAGCUACCCUUGAAACUGGAGGCGAUAGAUUUGGUGCUAAGGGUUAUUAUAUCCAGCCUACAGUUUUCUCAAAUGUUAAGGAUGAUAUGCUGAUCGCGCAAGAUGAGAUAUUCGGUCCAGUUCAGUCGAUCUUGAAAUUCAAGGAUCUUGAUGAAGUUAUACACAGAGCAAACAACACUAGAUACGGGCUGGCUGCUGGGGUCUUUACACAGAACAUAGACACUGCUAACAUCCUGACACGUGCUUUACGGGCAGGAACAGUAUGGAUCAAUUGCUUUGAUGUCUUUGAUGCAGCCAUUCCUUUUGGUGGAUUUAAGAUGAGUGGAACUGGAAGAGAAAAGGGUAUUUACAGUCUUAACAAUUACUUGCAAGUGAAGGCUGUGGUUACUCCCUUGAAGAAUCCGGCAUGGCUAUAGACACUCCUUAAAUUAGAUGUAAAUAAAAGAGCAGGCUGCAUGAAAACAAAGAGACUGCCAGAAGAAGAGGAUUAAGAAGGUGAUGAUGACGAAGAUUAAAUGUUAGCUUGCGAAGAACAUGAGAUGAAUUUCGUCUUUUAUAAAUUCAAAUGCAUCUUUAUAUCAUCUGCAAUUAUGGCUUGGUUAGUUAAUUUGGUAAUGUUAAUGCUGCUUCUACGUUUGAUUCUUCUA